GCAAGUCGUCGUCAUUUGAAGUUUUCGAUCGAACGGUGUCGUUACGGUCGUUCGAUCAUCGAAGUUAGGAGUGUAUUUUUGCAUCGCUUUCGUAUUCUUUGUCCAGUAUCUAAACAGUUCAAAUUGUCUGCUGUUAGAACAACCACCAAGUUCCAGGGUGAACAUUUUGAAAUGCCAUCAAAAGUUCACAGCAUAAGUGCAUCAAACAAGUACUCUGGCUCCGUGUUCAAGUAAAGCGUAGUCGUAUUCCGGUUCUGCUUAGGUACGUUGACAGAAGACAGAUUGUUCUCGACUCUCGUCCUGUGUGUUACGCCAUUUCUUCUCACUUAUCAAGACACAACUAAAUCGCUCCCUAAAAAGGGCUGUGAAAAGCCCCAGGAAGGGCACAACGAAAUCGAAAGGUGUACAUCACAGGAGAAAGUCAACUCUGACAGCCUGACUGUAUUACACAAUAGCUUCCCCAGCGCAGGGCAGCUAUCGCAACACAUCGCCACCAUAGUUACCGGUGGAUUAUUAUCUCACACCAGUGCGCGGAACGUGUGAAUACCUUACCAGUUUGUCUGUCACACAUCCACCUCCAGCACGCCUGCUGACAGUACUCGUUCCGCACCGGUGUACGACCGACAACUUUUGAUCGCUCCCCGAGCACGAGAUUCUGUGUCUUGUGCUUUCGCAAUCGUUCCACUAGAAAUUCGCGCCACAAGAUGCAAAAGGUCAGCAACCGUAGCAGCAUACGCUGGUUCGUCGGUUUCAGCCUACUGAUAAUAAUGUUCCAGCUGAUCAGCUUUACCCGUACUGAAGUGACCACUGCCCGUACGCAGGUUUCGGACGAAGCGCUCGAGAAAGCCCUCAGCGACAAGCGGUACCUGAUGCGCCAGCUCAAGUGUGCGCUCGGUGAGGUACCCUGUGAUCCAGUGGGAAAGCGUCUCAAGAGUUUAGCACCAUUCGUCCUUCGCGGUGCCUGCCUACAAUGUACGCCGGUAGAGAUGACCCAGAUAAAAAAAACGUUAGCACAUUUGCAGCGAAAUUUUCCAUCGGAAUGGAACAAGCUCGUACAGACGUACGCCGGCUAAACGAUGGUGGCAGUGUGAAUGCGGAAGCUGUUGUUCGCGUGUGUGAUAAAAAAGAACAUUGGCGAUGAUUGCGACUAGUGGAAUAUGGGAGAAUCGAAGGUCAGGCGUAGUAUAGAGUUUGCAAUAUUUUAAGACCAGCUACAAACUGUGGCUAAACGAUAGCUAAGGUGCUCUAUAGCUUUGUAUAGUAGGUACAAAAAGAAUGCGAAAUGCGCAUUGCUACAUGAAACUUUAUACUAAACUGCGUCGUACAAUUUCAUGAAUAAACGAUACAAAAAAUAA